AUGGCGCUGCUGCAUAUGCGGUGGGGCGGCGGCCACGCGGCGCUGGUGCGCAUGUCUCACUCCUGGCGCUGCCGCGGGCUCCAUAGGCGCGUCCGCCCCUGCGCCGGGCUCUGCCUGAACGUGCUGCGCGGCUGCCUGACGCAGCGCGCCGCCGAGCUGGACCUGCCGUGGAACGGCUACGUCGAGGCGGCCGAGAGGCUGCUCGCCGCCGUCCAGGGCCGCGCCGCCCUCGACGACGUGCUGUGCGCGCUCGACGCACGCAUCGCUGAGGCGGCCGCGGCCGCCGUCGAGCGGAGCGCCACUCUGCAGCCACAGGUGAAGAGAGUGUGCGGACCACACAUGUGGGACUACGGUGUUACGGACGAGAACACUGCACACGAUGGCGUCCGGUGCAACGGCACUGCGUUCCAGCAGAGCUUGCCUGCACCAGACAGUGAUCAGCUUUCGUCGAAGCUGCAGCCCUUCAUGGCGAGCCUAAGAAAGAGCCGCGGCUUCUACGCCAUCCUAGCCGAGUCGCUGUGUUCCGACGAGAGCUUCGCUGAGACCAGAGACACGGCACACUGCUGGAACGGCUAGCGCGUCGGAAAAGGAUCUUGUAGCACAGCUCCUCAGCAUGCUGGAGCAGGAUAGCGAGGUGUUGUCGGUGACGGAGGCUACACUUGAUGGAGCUUCACAGUACUGGGCUCCAUAUGCACCAUCCAUUGAUCAUCGCCCAAAAGACCUGCCGCCUUCAGUGAAAGAAUAGCAGGCUAACCACGCUGGUGUGGAUGUCGUCGGUGAGAAGAUACUGACUGCUAGUGCACAUCAACCUUUACUAUUCGCCUCAAGCUAUGUGUUAACAGUUAGUGCUUCAAAACGUUUUCAUGUAGAACUUGAAGUUUCACAUUACAGUGGCUUGUCAAUUGUUUUAGUGCUGGAAAAUGUACUCAAAAAUAUAAAAGUGAAAUUUUCUGAUGAGUGGUAUGAACUGUGUCGUGUAAAAUCACAGAUAAAGAAAGAUAUGACUACCGAAUAUUAUCCAUCCCAAUCCUACCAGGAGAUGUACUGUGGCACUCUAACUGUGAGUAUUCUAUCAAUGUAUGAUUAUGCUACACUAAGAAUUAAAAGUGCACAUGGUUAUAGUAUAUUCAUGCAGCACUCGAUUGUUGAUAAAUUGUUCAAUGUAGAUGUGGCUGUAACUAGUACGAUGGAGAGACUAAAUAGAUGGUAUCCAUGUGUUCAAGCAGUAUACAGUGAUAUCAUUAGCUGGCUUCACACAUGUAGCAUCCACGUACAAGAUAUAGAACAUGGUUUUAGUACCUGUAUAACACCAGUGCCCAAGUCUUGUGCUAUUCUUCGAAUAGGUGUUAAAAAUGUUGAACUCAAAUUUACUGAUGGAAUACUCGAUUAUUGCAAUUCACCAAUAACAUUACGUUAUAUACCUGCUGAAUUUGAAGCAUACAAAAAGCAACUAUUUUCCAAAUACUGUACUUCCCCUGUACCAUUU